GAGGUGCCGGCUCGCCGCAGACCGCCCGCGGCAGAGGCCGCCCCGAUCGCGCGGCGGCGGGAGCGGCCGGCGGAGGCUGCGAGGCCGAGGGGGAGGGCCGGGGGAGGGGACAUCGCCCCUGCCCGCCUCCUCCCGCCCCCCCCUCCCCCGCCCCGCGCCCGCAGGCUCCCGAGUCUCAGUCGGCGCCCAGCAUUCCGCUGCCCCGGACCCUCCCUGCGGGCGCGCACCGGGCUCAACUCAGGCUCAGGACUGCAGGUGGAUAUCCACUGCCCAGGAUUCACUGAGUGUGGACAGGACAGCGUCUUUGGAAGGCCAACUGUACUGGAGUUCUGCCUCGGCAUGGGCCUUGCCAUUCAGCCAGCCCCGUGGUCUGUGCUGGUCUGAGGGUGCUGCCUGUCAUGGGGGCAGCCAUAUCCCAGGGGGCCCUCAUUGCCAUCGUCUGCAACGGCCUCGUAGGCUUCUUGCUGCUGCUGCUCUGGGUCAUUCUCUGCUGGGCCUGCCAUUCCCGCUCUGCGGACAUCGACUCUCUCUCCGAAUCCAGUCCCAACUCCAGCCCCGGCCCCUGUCCUGAGAAGGCUCCCCCGCCCCAGAAGCCCAGCCAUGAAGGCAGCUACCUGCUGCAGCCCUGAAGGCCCCUCACCUCGCCUGGAGUCUGGGGCCUAAGUCUGCCCCACCCAGAGCCUGGAAUCGGGAUCCCAGGGUCUAGCCAGCCUGGAGUCCAGAACCCAGAGUCCAGCCUGUCUGGAGCUGGACCUAGCAGCCCAGAGUCAAGCCAGUCUGGCUCCACGAGGAGCUCUGGUGGCCCUUGGUAGACAGGCCUGGGGUGGGGAUUCCUGAGUUGGUGCUAGGGCCAGGGCCAUCUCGACUCUGCUCCAUACCGAGGGCCAGGGACUGGGACCACCUCUCCCUAGGCCAGUUGCCUCCAGGCCUUUGAGGUUGGGGAAGCAAACUGGAAUCCAUGGCAAUAACGGGAGGGCGUCCAGGCUGGGCCCCUCCUCAGGUCCUCCCACUGUUUGCUGGAUAAUAAAUGGAACUAUG